GGUCCUGUCUAUGUAGGGAAGGGGGGGGGGCAACCCGGCAGGCCGGUGAAAAUGAUCCUCUGCCCCCAGAGCACGGAGCAUCCCCGGGGAAAACCGUGUCAGAGGCUGCAGGUGGCAAAGAUGAGUGGGAGCGACAAGGAGCGGACUCCCCAGUUGCUCUUUGUGAAGGCCUUGGCCAGCAGGGGGCGACUUGAGGCCAUCACACAGCAGAUGGGCUACCACCCGCACUACCUGGACAGUUUCCUCCGGAUGCAACAUUACCUGCUGCACAUGGACGGCCCCUUGCCCUUUGACUGUCGCCACUACAUUGCAAUCAUGGCAGCUGCCCGUCACCGGUGUCGGUAUCUGGUGAAUCUACACAUGCUGCAGUUCCUGCGGGUUGGCGGUGACCCUCAGUGGCUCAGGGGGCUGGAUUGCAUCCCCCCCAAACUCCGCAAGCUCAGCGAGAUUAACAAGAUCUUGGCACAUCGGCCAUGGCUCGUAGGCAAGGAGCACAUAGAGAAGCUACUGAAGAUCAGCGAGCAGAGCUGGUCCCUGGCAGAGCUGGUCCACGCGGUUGUUCUUCUAGCUCACUACCACGCUCUGGCCAGCUUUGCUUUUGGCUGCGGCUGUGAACAGGACAUGUGUUCCGAGGGACGGGGCUUGCUGAAGCUCGCCGUCCCAGGGAGCCUCUGCUUCUGCGAAGUGGGCAACGGCUGCAGCCAGGACCUGCUACAUCUCAACCGCAAGCGGUCGCUGGAUUCCUGUGUGGAACUGGAGUCUCUACGCGAGCGCAUUCACAGGCUGCAGGUGGAGAGCGAGGCCCGGGAAGAGAUGAGGCUGCCCGAGAGGGAAGAAGGUUUUGACGGUGAAAUUUUGGGCCCAGCAGAUCUCUCCUGCUACGUUCAGGACCCCAACUUUGGAUACCAGGACUUUGCUCAGCGUGACGAGAACCAGACGCAGAUAUUCCGUGUCCAGGAUUACUCCUGGGAAGACCAUGGCUUCUCUCUGGUGAACAGGCUGUAUUCGGACAUUGGGCAUCUGCUAGAUGAGAAGUUCCGGAAGGUCGACGGCCUCCAGAGCAGUGCAAUGGCCAAGCGGCAGGGCUGUGAACAUGCCACGUUUAAGCGUGGGAUUUGGAACUAUAUCCACUGUAUGUUUGGCAUCAGGUAUGAUGAUUAUGACUACGCAGAGGUGAAUCAUCUCCUGGAGCGCAUACUCAAGCUCUACAUAAAAACUGUGACCUGUUCCCCAGAGAAGCUGAAUCCUGAGAUGUUUGAACGCUUCUGGAAACAGUUUAAGCACAGUGAAAAGGUCCACGUGAACCUUCUCAUCCUGGAAGCUAGGCUUCAAGCAGAAUUGCUGUAUGCUCUUCGUGCGAUCACUCACUACAUGGUCUCCUAGAAGGGGUGCUGGUGACCACCUCUGGGGCUGAGGACUCAUGCACCAUGGCGUUCACCCACCAUGUUUACUUGACAGCAUUCCCUUCCCUCGUGGGGCGUGAGGAGAGACAGGCACCCCCUCCGUUUUCAUGUGCAAUUUCCGAACUGGGACUCUGGGGGAAGAUAUUCAAAGGUUGUGAGCAAAGGCAUUUGUGUCCAGUUUGGCAAUGUUGGAAGUUGAGCUCUCCUCCCUGCUGUCCAUCCCUGUGGGCAGCUCUGUCUGCUGAAGAGAGUGGCUGGCCACAUGCUGAUAUUC